AUGGCGCCCUACCACGCACCACCUACCAAAGUCCUCUCAUCGACACCUCUCUCGUCAUCCCAGGCGCACGCCUUCCUCUCCACCUUUACGCUCGCCGCAAACGACGGGGGCGCGGGCCAGAACGAGAUCGUCCUCACAAACUUGAAGCGCAUCGAGCAGGCGCUGCUCGGAAUCUAUGUUCCACGACCGGUCAAGGAAGACAUGAUUCUCGAGGAGGGUAUGACGGAUAUGGCUGCGCCGAUUGCGGACGAGGAGGUGCCCGUCGAGGGCGUCGGCGAGGAGUAUGUGGAGGGCGAGGAGAAUGGCGAGGAUGAGAUGUACGCGCUGGAGGAUAGAGAGGAGGAGAGGAAUACGAUGAUCCCGGAGGUUACUACGGCUAAGAAGCCUAAGGUGGAUAAGAAGGCUGAUAAGAAGGCUAGGAGAAAGGAGGAGAAGAAGGCAAGAGCGGAGCAGAGGAAAAAGGAGAGGCACGAUGAGGACGAUGACGAGGAUGAUGAUGAGUAG